UACCAAUGCUUUGCAGAAAGCCGUUGUUGUAAAAAUAUAUGUACGUGUUUCCAUCUGUGAAUAUAUAUUGAAAGGGAGAGAGGCUGAUUUUCAGUUAGGUGGGAAGUGUUCUGUGUUCCAGAAGAAUGUUCCAUUCUUAGACCUGGGUAAGAGGAGACCCUGCUUUAGGAGAUUCUGUCCUGGCCAUGAGCCAGCCAGCCCUUCCCAUGGAGUGAGAUGUCUGCAGGGUGAAGGACAUGGGGCCAAAGACGUCUUUCCACCCAGUGCUUGUGGGUGGGUACGUCCCAGAAAUUCUUGACCCCAGAAAUUCUUCUGAAGUGACUUUGAAUGCACUUCCGGGGCCCAUAUGGACUGCUUCCUGGGUCCCUCCUCCUGAGAGCUGGCAGCACUGCUGGUGGGAUGUCCUUAGGCCAAGGCAGGUCUGUGUGCAAGUGUGCAAAUGGAGCUUGGAUCUGCAGGCCAAAGUUCUGGACAGUCAGAGAUAGGAUGCGAAGCGCCGAGGAGGCCACUUUCCCCAUGACGCCAUCUUGAGAAGAGUCCAAGAAUUCAAAAUUCCAAACUGGAUUAAGCAUGAAAAUAUUGUUGCCCUGGAAGACAUUUAUGAAAGCCCAAAUCACUUGUACUUGGUCAUGCAGCUGGUUAGAGCCACUUUGCACUAACCUUUCCACUGACAGAACCACUCACCAGGAAACUAAAGGAAGUCAAGAAUAACCCAAUGCCAGCACUGAACCACUGCGUCCCUGCCAGUCUUACUCCUCCUUCUUCAGGGAGCACUUUUUACCUGGAAAGGCUGUUUCACAGUUAUCCUAGGGUGAAACCUAUGGAUAACCCUCUUUUAGCAGGUGUAGGGGCUAGAAAAUAAUUGCUCAUCGCAUCCCAGCCUUUGGAUUCCAGUCCUCUGGGAAGUGUGGCUGAGAAGUCAAUAUGGGGGGUCAGUUGCAAGCAAUCCAGCUCAAGUUUUAGCACACAGAGGAAUCACCUGAGGAUAUCACUGAAACAAAGGAUGCUGAGCCCUGCCUUCAGAGAUGCUGAUUCAGUGGGUCUGGGUGGGAAAGGGGCCGUGAAUUUGCAUCUAUAACAAGCUCCCAGGUGAUACCAAGGACUGGUCCAAGGACAACACUUUGAGUAUCAAGACCUUUAAGAAGUUGCUCCUAAUCCCCAGCUGUUGUCACUGGGAAGGAGGGAUGCCUUUGGAGGUGAACAACAGAGCCACUCAAACCAUUUUCCAUCUGAACCACAGAGGAUUGGAUGUCACUCGGGACUCAUGACUUGAAUUAGGGUAUAAAAUAACCCAGCCUGGUCCGUCUGCAGAAUUCCUCGUGAAGAGUCACUCUUGGGGUAUCAAUGAGAGAAGAGGCUGUGCAUUGGAGCAGCAUGGAGACAAUGCACCUCUGGUUUUAGGCCUUCAUUUAUGGAUGAUUUUAGACAGUCCCAUUAAAGACACAGUUCCCUUGAACUUCACAGAAAUGCUGAGUGAUGACAAACCUUGGCAGGUCUGUGACCAGUCUCCUCCAGCAAGUUACUUCCAGGCAUUCCUACUAAUCUUUCAACCCACCCAUUGCUUAAGGGUAAUAAGAUCUACAGGUGACAUGAUAGAUAAGACUGUUGACACAUUCUUUAAUCUCAGCUAAGCAAACAGAGACUCAUUGUCCCAAGCCGGUGACUGGCCCAGUGCCCUGAAUGUCUUAACAGAGUUUGACAGGGAAAUAGGAGCCCUUCAACCCUGUUUUGAGAAUGAAGCUGCAAUGGUAAGAAGAUUAUUUUUCCCUCUCAAAGGACCCCGAAGAAUCAACAGAUUCAAGGGUUUUCCUCUCCACGGUAAGGAGGCUGUUCUUGGCAAGUUACUCUGAGAAGCCUGUUGUCCUCCCUCAAGUCACUUCAGCCUUAGAACUGAAUUAACUGCAGGCCAAGGACAUACAUGAACCACGUGAGUCAUUUUUCAAAAGCAAAUGACAGGGCACCUGUCUUCUGGAAUUGGUGAGUCCAUUCAGUGGAGACUCUUGGCAAAGCUUAGUGUGAGAUGAUAUAAAUAGGCCCUGACCUGCGGGGCUUGUUGUCCUUGGGUGAGGUAGAGGCAUUUGUACACAAAAAAUCACAAACUGGCUAAACUGUGCCACGUGAUUAGCAAACAUGCUCAUGCCCAAUCAGCAAGAUCUUCAUCGUCAAGGGACUAAUGUCUGGAGAAGCUUGGCUGUAUGGAAUAGCAUGGCCAUUAGUCUCAUAGCCUGUUGUGGUUCCCCGCACAUUUCAAUUACUCGGGUGUCUGGUGGAGAGCUGUUUGACCGGAUAGUGGAGAAGGGAUUUUAUACGGAGAAGGAUGCCAGCACUCUGAUCCGCCAAGUCUUGGAUGCCGUGUACUAUCUCCACAGAAUGGGCAUCGUCCACAGAGACCUCAAGCCUGAAAAUCUCUUGUACUACAGUCAAGAUGAGGAGUCCAAAAUCAUGAUCAGUGACUUUGGAUUGUCAAAAAUGGAGGGCAAAGGAGACGUGAUGUCCACUGCCUGUGGAACUCCAGGCUAUGUUGCUCCUGAAGUCCUCGCCCAGAAACCUUACAGCAAAGCUGUUGACUGCUGGUCCAUCGGGGUGAUUGCCUAUAUCUUGCUCUGCGGCUACCCUCCUUUUUAUGAUGAAAAUGACUCCAAGCUCUUUGAGCAGAUCCUCAAGGCAGAAUAUGAGUUUGACUCUCCCUACUGGGAUGACAUCUCUGACUCUGCAAAAGACUUCAUUCGGAACCUGAUGGAGAAGGACCCAAAUAAAAGAUACACGUGUGAGCAGGCAGCUCGGCACCCAUGGAUCGCUGGUGACACAGCCCUCAACAAAAACAUCCACGAGUCCGUCAGCGCCCAGAUCCGGAAGAACUUCGCCAAGAGCAAAUGGAGACAAGCGUUUAACGCCACGGCUGUCGUGAGACAUAUGAGAAAACUACACCUCGGCAGCAGCCUGGACAGUUCCAAUGCAAGUGUUUCGAGCAGCCUCAGUUUGGCCAGCCAAAAAGACUGUCUGGCACCUUCCACGCUCUGUAGUUUCAUUUCUUCUUCAUCGGGGGUCUCAGGAGUUGGAGCCGAGCGGAGACCCAGGCCCACCACUGUGACGGCAGUGCACUCUGGAAGCAAGUGACUGGCCCUGGAGGUGGGGCCCAGGGGCGGGGCCGGGGAUGGGGAGCCCCAGGGUCGCCAGUGCCGCGAGCCACUCCAGCAAGACCCCACCUUGCAUGGUGCACCUUCCUGCAUAGGACUGGAAGACCGAAGUUUUUUUAUGGCCAUAUUUUCUACUGCAAUUCUGAAGUGUUCAUUUCUCACAAACUGUACUGACUCGAGGGGCGCUGAUUUCAUAGGAUCUGGUGCUGUAUAUACGAAUCUUGCAAAGCUCUAACUGAACGGACCUUCUUAUUCCUCUCCCCCAACGCCAUCGUUUCCACUCUUCUCAGUGUAGGUAACCGUCUAUGGUGUGUUUUUUCAUUAAUGACAAAAAAAAAAAGGUUUCAACUGGAUUAUUUAAAUAUUGGUAAAUAUUGUGCAUUACGGUUUGUUUGUUUUUCCUUUUAAGAAAUAUGUCCUUUGACUGUAUCUCUCAGUUACAUGACCUGUAUCUUUUCCUCUUUAAUAGUAGUUUUAUGUUAACCUUUAAGAGAUUUGUUUUUCCUCCAAGGAGAAUUUCAAGGUAUUUUUAAAAAUUCUAAUAAGAGGAUCGGCCAGGCGCAAUGGCUCACACCUGUAAUCCCAGCACUUUGGGAGGCCAGGUCGGGCGGAUUAUGAGGUCAGGAGAUCAAGGCCAUCCUGGCCAACAUGGUAAAACCCCAUGUCUACUAAAAAUACAAAACAUUAGUCGGGCAUGGUGGCACACGCCUGUAGUCCCAGCUACUCGGGAGACUGAGGCAGGAGAAUGGCGUGAACCCGGGAGGCGGAGCUUGCAGUGAGCCGAGAUCGCACCACUGCACUCCAGCCUGGGCGACAGAACAAGACUCUGUCUCAAAAGAAAAAAAAUGUAAUAAGAGGAUCAAGAAUCUCUCCGAGGCUAAGAGUGCACUUCACCUAUACUCCUUCUCUUUCUCUCCCCUUCCCCGGGAGGAGGGGCCCCUCAGUUCCACAAGACUCUCUUCUCUGCAGGGGGCUUUGGUGGAUCGUCUGCACUGAGCCUUUGUUGGCAACCCAUCCAGCAGAACCCACACCUACCAGAGACCCCAGAGGCCUCUUGCCAUCAGCAGUCAGAAAUAAAGAAGCCUGCUCCCCUGAGACACAGGGCCCAGCUUCACAGGUCAAACUUGCUGUAAGUGAGAUGCCCACACUGCAGAGAUGCAGAAGCCUCCCUUCCAAAAGGAACCAGCUGCCAUGCUGUUGAAAGUGGGCCCACACAAAACCCUCAUUUCUCACGAGAGGUAGCAGAUGAAAGCUCAGCUAUGCAGUUUUAAAAUUCAUCUCUUUCUCUGUGGUUUUUAAAAAAAUGCUUUUCUAAUCUUACACUUCACAUGGCCUCCAACACAAAGUUCUUUCUCCACAUUUUUACCCUCUUCUCACAUGAAUGUUUUCCAAGGGAAGGAAGGGAGGGAAGCAGCCUUGGGAAAGGAUCCAUUUCUGGUGGUAAGGAGAGGAGGCCCUGCCAGGCUAAUAGGACUCCGGCCACCACAGAGAUGGCCAGAGACCACCUCCACCAGGCCCAGCCAGUGCUUGCAGCCCUCCCACUGAUCAGGGGAGUCUAGAAUCAAAGGCACAUGGUGGUAGGGUCACCAAACGCCCCAUUUGCCCGAGACUGAAGGAUUUCUCAGGCUGUGGACAUUUAAUGCCAAAACCAGGAAUAUCCAGGGCAAACCAGGCUGUGUUGCUCACCCUUGUGGAGCCAGGCAGUGUGUGGCCCAGGGAAAGCUGCAUUUCAUGGAGGCUUCCAGGAGGCUGCCCUGUAGAGCCAGGCAGGUGGCUUCAAGUGCCAGUCCUGCAAGUGUCCCUGCUUCAGCUCUCAGGCCCAUCCAAUACCUCGAGUCCACCAGGGUGUCCCAGCAGGUUUGCCUCAUCACGACCCAGCGACACUGCUGGCUGUGUCCUCAAGCCCUCCUCCUGUGGCUGGCCAGUCCUGGGAAGUCCUGUUGGUUGAGUCAUCUUUGUCACUUCUACGCCUUUGACUGUGUACAGGCUGAGUGAUACCCCCCUCCACCCUCCCAGUAAACACACACACACACACACACACACACACACACACACGCACACAAUGUUACUAGGCGCAGCAGCUCCAUCCUGCUCCCUGAGAAUGGCAGUGCAGGCACAGAGAAGAGCAGUUGGGAAGACAGGCAGCUGGUCUACCCUGUCCCCGCACACUUCACAGGCGCUCCACUGCUUGGCAGGAAUUCUGCAUGGCAUCUGCCACACAUGCUCACAGGGUGAAAAACCAAGCUGUCACUCUGCAAAACCUAAAAACCCUGGAAAGGUCUAUAAGAUGACAUUAGACCCAGUUACGCAGGUGUCACCUGAGUUGGCCAUGCAAUGAAGGACUAUCAUAAGCAGUAUUGGAGAGCUAGGCAGUCGCUUACUAACAAGUGUCUUGGAAACGCUCGAGUUCAUAGAGUGCGUGACAAAGUAAUAGAAGGCUGCAGGCGCUGAAAAUGCACCUGAAUCUGGUACCUAGGAUGAGUGCAUGAAUACUGAUGAAUAGCCCUUUGUGCUGUGUGCUUUGUACAACUAUUUGCUUUCAGAAAGCAGCAUUUGAAGCUGAGUUCCAUUACUGGUGAUUGAAGUAUUUUCAGGAGCAGGUGUAUGUGGUGCAUGUUAUAUGCACUUAGUUUGAAAGUAUCCCUCACCCGAAAAGUGCAGAACCUCUGAAAGGUGAGCCGUGGUGCAGGUGUCCCCCUCGCUGUCCAGGUCAGUUCUUGGCGGUGCUUGGCCUGUCACACGCCAGGUCUCAACAACAUCAUGCGAGGAGGCAGUGACUGGUGUCAGCCCAAUAGUCGACUGUUGAGCAUGAUGUCAGGAAACCCGUACUGUCCCGAGGCCACCAGGCUUGAGUUAAUUUCCUAUUGUUUUAGAAAGAGAAGAGCUCUUGUGCUUUUGAGAGAGCCUCAUGGUAAAAAGACAGAUGUUGUCUUUGCCCUGCACUUGGUAUGAUUUAUUGUAAAACAGGAAGAAAACCUAGAAUGUGCCUUUCGUGAAGGUCUGACAAAUGGGGUCGCAGAGUCCUAAGACCCGCGCCGAGGUCAGAUUCCACCCACAGCAGCUGAGCAUUUCUACGUGCACCCAGGGUGCUGGGCUGAGGCUAAGGGUGGACACAUGGACCCCACCACAGGCUUCCUUACUAAGCCCAAGUCCCCCCAUGUGGUCACUAUCCCUUCUCAGAGCAUGUGGAUUCUCUUUUCUUUACUUGAACUAUUCAGUGUUGUAGUGGCCUGUAGCGGCCCUUUCCCUCAGCUGCCUGUCUGGGCUCCCUGGCUUCCCGGAUCUUCAUCUCAUACGUGAGGCAAUAGGAGUUUCAUUCAUUGAGACAAAUGGUGAGCAGGCACCAACAGGCCGGCAGGUUGGCUCUCUUCACAGAGGUGGCCUUGGCGUCUGCAGUCUGGGCAGCUCUCUGCCUCCCUACGGCUCUGCUUCCCAGCGGGCACACAGGUCCAGAGCCUCAGAAUGAAGUGGUGCAAAGGCACAGGGCACACCCAGGAGAAGUGCAACAACCACCAAAAGCCCUUGAGAAGAGACGAGGUUGCUGUGUUAGAGAAAUGGCAACCCCCAGGACCGUGCAUGGCGCUGGCAGUGCGCGGUGGCUGAUUUCCCCCAGGACCGUGCAUGGCGCUGGCAGUGCGCGGUGGCUGAUUUCCCCCAGGACCGUGCAUGGCGCUGGCAGUGCGCGGUGGCUGAUUUCCCCCAGGACCGUGCAUGGCGCUGGCAGUGCGCGGUGGCUGAUUUUCCCCAGGACCGUGCAUGGCGCUGGCAGUGCGCGGUGGCUGAUUUUCCCCAGGACCGUGCAUGGCGCUGGCAGUGCGCGGUGGCUGAUUUUCCCCAGGACCGUGCAUGGCGCUGGCAGUGCACGGUGGCUGAUUUUCCCCCAGGACCGUGCAUGGCGCUGGCAGUGCGCGGUGGCUGAUUUUCCCCAGGACCGUGCAUGGCGCUGGCAGUGCGCGGUGGCUGAUUUUCCCCAGGACCGUGCAUGGCGCUGGCAGUGCGCGGUGGCUGAUUUUCCCCAGGACCGUGCAUGGCGCUGGCAGUGCGCGGUGGCUGAUUUUCCCCAGGACCGUGCAUGGCGCUGGCAGUGCGCGGUGGCUGAUUUUCCCCAGGACCGUGCAUGGCGCUGGCAGUGCGCGGUGGCUGAUUUUCCCCAGGACCGUGCAUGGCGCUGGCAGUGCGCGGUGGCUGAUUUUCACCAGUUCCUCCUGCCCCUGCCUCUGUCGGAUACUAGAAAACAUCAUUCUCCCCCUUCAGGUCUCCUUUUGAAAGAAAAGAACUAUAGCAAAGCAUGCCAUAUAAAAUCAAAAAAAGGAAGAGUGGCUUUGUGUUCUUGACCGUGGCCACAAUUGUGGUCACUUCUAGCAUCUGACCUUGAGAAUAGGGUAGGGCGUCUGAGCCACCGCUGGCCUUUGAGAGGGUCUCACUCUCCAGCUAGCUCUUUGUGUAGUGUCCAGGGCCCCGGCAGUCAGGAUAGAGCAAAAGAAGAUGGGCAGGGCGCAGUGGCUCACGCCUGUAAUUCCAGCACUUAGGGAGACUGAGGCAGGCAGAUCACAAGGUCAAGAGAUCAAGACCAUUCUGGCUAACAUGGUGAAACCCCGUCUCUACUAAAAAUACAAAAAAUAGCUGGACGUGGUGGCACGUGCCUGUAAUCCCAGCUACUCGGGAGGCCGAGGCAGGAGAAUCGCUUGAACCUGGGAGGUGGAGGUUGCAGUGAGCCGAGAUCGCGCCACUGCACUCCAGCCUGGGCGACAGAGCAAAACUCCAUCUCAGAAAAAGAUGGCCAUGCUGGUCAAGGCUGGGCUCAUAGGAAACAUCUAUAGUUGGAUGAAAGGAAUCUGGCCUAGGGAGCCCUGGACUCGGUUUACCUACCUCCUGCUCAUCCCACUCAUCUGUCUACCCUAGUGUCCAGCAUGCCCCGGAUGAAUUGUAGGUGGGAGGGACACAAGCCAAGAACACCAGGCACACGGGGUGGAGGGAAUGGAGGGAGCCCAGGUGAUCCCCUUUGGAAGGCAGACUGAUCCUCUCCCCUAUGGAAUGACAGCUUAACCCGAUUAACCCACUGGGGCUUGCUGUUUUAUGAGCAUUUUUAAACAGAAAGAUGAUAUCCCAGUGCAGGGAGACUUUAGCUUGGAAAGCAUCAUGGCCCGUGGCCCCUCCCUCUGCCCCAGAACCUUGGCCGGCCAGAAUUGAGUCUUCGCAUUGGGGAGGCCACAGUGGAACCAUUGCUCUAGGGCUGAAGGUAGAAGUAGGGCCCCUGCCUCAGCUUCAGCCAGAGCACUCGCUGCUUUGCAGAAUUUCACAAGCGCACGACUGGGAUUCCUUUGUAUAUGAGAAAGGAAGGCAAGCGCCGGCAAAGGGAAGCUCCUCCCAUUUUUCAUAAACAGAAAUAAGACGUCCUGUUUCCCAGGUUUGCACAAUCACUUCUGGCAAGUGAAUUCUGGCACUUGAAUUCAGCCAGUGCACGAAACCUUUGCAUGUUCUUCUGAAACUGUACUUCUUCCCCAUUCUGUCUACCCACACUCUGCGAACUUUGCCUUUUCCUUAAACACAUUCCAGACCAAACACUGUUCAGUUUGUUCCAAAAAAAAAAAAAAAAAAAAAAAAAAAGAUGUAUAUACCUGUAUGUGAUCCAUCACCCUUUUGAGGGGCACCUGGUCCUAGGUUGGGGCUGCAGGUGUGCCUGACAUUUGCAAAAGGUAUUCCAGUCUUUCUAUGUUCAGAAUUGAAAAUGUGGAGAUAGAAAAGCUCAAACAGACUCCUAAAAGGAGGGUUUCUUUCCUGAAGACUCCAAGAAAAUGAGUGUGCAGAUGAGUUAGCUUGACAACCUCAACUGCGGGGAGCAGGCAGGCGGUCUGAGGAAGAGAAGGACCCACGCCCCACUCACGGGCACCUGCUUGGUGGUCCCAGGGCAUCACGGUCUGCAGCCUGGGCCCCCAGCCCCACUGUGAAGUCAGUCCUGCAUGCUGGCCGAGGCCUGGCCACCUCCCGAUGCCUCCAGAGUCAGUGGGAAGGAGUCAGCCCUUCCCGGACUUCCCCACCACCUCCAGCAGGAGCAGCUCAGUUUGUGGCUCUGGGAGCUCCGCUUUUGCAAACCCAAAAAGGCUGUGCAUUUGGAAGCCAAACGCUCAGCAUGCGGCUGCCGAGUCUGGUUUUGUGGACAAAGCAAACUGUGGAAUGGCUUCUCGGUGUCUGUAUAAAGGGACAAACGAUUGCAUUCACCCUUUGUACUAACACCGCUUCUGCAUUCGCCAUAUCCGUUUUUUAACCUUUUUGUCUCCGGGGAACUUCUCAUACGAUUAUUAUGUCUUCUGAUGAUUUGCCAUGUUAUUUUACUUAAUGGUGAUUUUAUUUUCUUAUGGACAGGAAAAAAGAACAUGAGGAGGAGUUGGUUUUAGUCUUAGAGAUAAGUCUUCAGCAGGGGCUCAGAAACCCCAAACUCUAGUUAAAUUGCUUCUCAGAGGAAAAUCUUAGUCUAGACAGACUGAGAUUCCCAGGCUCUCCUGGAAGCCCUGCACUUUGGGGCACAGGGGCACUGGGACGUGGUUGGCAGCCAGGCUGCGAGAGAGCUAAAAAAUAACACGAACAUCAGCGCGGAUGUUUAUCUCUCGGCCCUGACGCCUGCCACUCUCCUUCCCGGGGCGCUUGGCCCUAUCAGAGGGACAUGAAAUGCUGUCCAAAUGGUGGGAGAAAUGCAGUGACACUGCAGCAGAGUCUUUGCUUUGGAAGAUGGGGUGCCAUGUUUCAGAGAACAUUUAUCUUAGUCCCAUGUUCAGGUGAGAAGACCUCAAAGGUACUCUCUGUCCAGAAUAACCAUUGGAACAGUUUCUUAAUUGGCUUUCGUCACUACACAUAAUGUAAUCUCCCUUCUUUCAGCUCCCCCAACAGUGAGCAUGCUUCCCAAAAAAUUACAACGUCAAAACCAGGAAUGUCCCCGCAUCUACUAUUACCAGGCUUGCAAUUGGUUCAAUUUUCCCAUAAAAACAUGUUCGUUCAAAAGAAGGGAAACUGUGAAUUUAUUCCAUGCAUGUAAUAAACUCUGCAAGAAGUUUAACCCCCGUAGGUUUGCGGCACUGCAAAAUUGUUCAUGGGUCUAUGUAGCAAAUGAUUCUCUGCCUUGACAAUCAUGUAUACAUAUCAAGAUUUCUAUCAUAAUGAUAAUGAGAUUGAUGACUUCUUGUUUUCCUCCAAUAAAGACAAUUAAUCACCUUCA